AUGCAGAAACAUUUAAACUAUUUCAAGAAGACAGUUUGCAGAGAAUUAAACAGUUCUCUCCUAGAGUCACUGCCUGUACUGGGGAGUGGACUGUGUGCUCAGCCUGCUUCCAUGAAGAAUGGUGAACUGUUUGACCCAAGGCCCCGUAUGCUGGAAAACUUAGGACUUGUCCUCAUGGACAUGGUCUGUGAUAGGCAGGACUAUGGGAACUUUGAGAAUCCCCAUCAUGCUAUUGACUUCUGCUCUCAGUUGUUUCCAGAAGUGGAACCAUAUGAGUGUUUGCAUUGUAGAGAGAUCUCUCUGAGGCCAAUGAUGACUGCGCUGGAGGCAUGCCAGGCUCCACAGUCUGCACAGAAAAAUUAUGAGAAACCACAGAGAAUCCAAUGGUUGAUCUUUGACGCUUUCCAUUUUCCCUCAGUUAUGGAUCAGUGUGUGAAGUGUCCAGAUCACCAGUAUGCCAACAGGAGAGAAUGCUGUCUCCCCAAAUCUGUGACCUUUCAGGAUUAUGAAGAUCAGUUGGGGAUGUCUCUGUUCUGAAAAGUUCUGUGCUUCUCUGCAGUCACAGCUGUGGUCCAGGAGGUCUUUGCAAAGCACCAAGACACUCCCAUAGUCAAGGCAAAUAACAGGGCUAUUAACUACAUCCUGUUCAUCUCCAUCUUUUCAUGCUUUCUUUGUUCCUUCCUCUUCAUUGACCAUCCCCAAACAGCCACCUGCAUUCCUCAUAAAAUGACACUUGGAGAUUUUUUUUUUACUGUGCCAUUUUCCAAUGUUUUGGCUGAAACAGUCAGUGUGGUUCUGGCCUUCAAAGUCACUUCACCAGGGAGAAGGAUGAGGCACUUCUCAAUGGCUCUCCUCAGCAGGAACUGCCCCAACACCUUCAAUGAAGCCAAAUUUCUGACCUUUAGCAUACUGGUGUUCCGCAGUGUAUGGGUCACCUUCCUCCCUGCCUACCACAGUGUGAAAGAGAAUGUUCUAGUGGCUGUAGAGGCCUUCUCCAUCUCGGCUUCAAGUGCAGGGUUAUUAAUCUAUGUUUUCAAGACAAAGCUAAGUCAUUGUCAGAUAUUUGAUUACAACAUGGGAUUUACUGUUUUCAAUGAAUAUUUAACAUUUUUGUUUCUGUAA